ACUCUUGAAACAACUAGCCGAGAAGAAAGCCGCCAUGUUGGCAAUGAUGUCGUCAUCCACUGACGCAACAAUCAAAGCGGAAGAUGACGACAACGAAGGCCACAGUAGCGACAGCAAGUUAACAAAAACUGAUGAAACCGUUGCAAUGGCGGCCACGAGAGCUUCAGAAUUAGAUGAUUCCAAUCCAAUGCCUGUCGCAUCUAAAGCUAAUCAACUACAUCUGUUGCAGCAGCAGCAAAAGCAUCAACCAACUCGUCAGCAACUUAUGAAAUCCGCAGCAAAAUAUCAACAACAACAGCGUCAACAACAACAACAGCAACAACAACAACAAGCAUCUAACAGUGUUUCGAGACGCUUCUUUGUUGAUUGCAGUAGCGACAACUGCAACAGAAAUAACAACUUCAAAAGUAAUCUGUUCAGUCCUACAAAUCCGGCUUUGCUGCAGCGUCUACAUGAACAGCAAAAACAAGCCCAACAACAACAAGCCCAACAACAACAACAACAACAUAGAAACUCACCAUUAUCAGAUCUUUCAACAGCAGUUAAACAUCAACAAUUGUUGCAACAACAGCAACAAUCGCGUCAACGUCCUUCGCAACAAACUAGACAGCACCACUUUCAGCAACACCAACAACACUUUCGAUCUCAGUCUCAUUCUCGCUUGCAACAAGAUCGUCAUCAUCACCACCAUCAGCAGCAGCAGCAGCAGCAGAUGCAGUCAACCAAACCGUCAACAGAUGCAGGCUUUCCGAACAGUCCCCACCAACAACAACAACCAAACAACAACAACAACGCACCUCCAUAUCAUCCAUUCCAAAUAAGGAAACCCACGAUCUUUUUAGGCAGGAUGAACGCCAAAAGCGGAAGCGGAAAUAGAAACAACAAAGAUGGCGGUGGUCGCCGGGGUGACGGAAAUGAUGGUGCCAAUUUGAAUACGGGUAGCUCCAACAGCCUAUUGUGCGUUACGACAGUCUAAAAAAUUUAGCCGCGAUUUACAAUAAUUAAUAAAAAAAAUUAUGCUUCAUAAUAUCGAUAUAAUUAUUUUACUCAUUUUUUUCUUUUUUUUCAUUCAAUCAUAUUCCUAUACCUUUAUCUAUCCAUCCAUCUAUCAAUAUAUUCAUUCAUCCAUCCGUUCAUCCAUCCAUCCACUGAUUUAUAAAUAAUUACUUAACCGUAAUAACCUUAAAAGUUCAUAAUAAUAAGAAUAAUAAUAAUAAUAUUACUAUUAAUAAUUUGCGUCUGUACUUAUCUAGUAGAUAAAAUGCGAGUUCUUAUGUAAGACCAGGAGAGUACUUAUGUAACGUAUCUGGUACUCGUAAGUACAUACGUACUGAGUAACAAGUGUAUAUGUCCUUCAUGCUCUUAUGUAAUGCUUGCAAUACAAUUAAAUUUGCUUGUAAGUAGUAAUGUUUACUAUGUAAAUUUACAUUUAAGUUGUAAUAAUGUUUACAAUGUAAUGUGAGUGUUUAAACCUAACUAUAUAUUAUUUUCCAGUCCAAAUAUUGAGUUUCAAAAUAAAACUUUUGAAUAAGGAUGACAUACGUUAACACGCACACACAUACAUACACACACAUACAUAUACACACAUACACCACACACAUACAUACAUACAUAAACACAGAUAUAACCAAAUAAACACACAUAUAUACCAUAAUCACAGAAUGACAUCUGAGACUGCAUACAAAUAAAAUUGAUAUUUGAGAAUUUAUACAAAUAAACGAAUAAGCAUACACAGGAAUACACACAUACAACACACGCACAUAUAGACAAACAAACAAACACAAACAAACAUACAAGCUAACGCACGUAUUAAUCAUGAACAUAUCAAAAAAAGUAAUUCUAUGUGCAUCGUUCUAUUAAAUAUUCACACAUGCACGCACACACACACAAACACGAACCACACACACAUACAUGGGUACAGUGGGUACAUAUUACAUACAUCCAUCCGACGAAGGUUUCACAAUUUUAGAUAUAUAAACACAAACACACAUUCACUUACAUAAAUCGGCAAGACACACACAACACACACAGCAUUGGCGAAUGCACGUGAAUCCAUUCACUCAUCACAUGCACUGUGCACGUGAGAGGCGGGGAUCUUCUUGCAAUCGAACGCAUUCACGACAACAGCAGUGCCGGGCGCUUUACCAUGUAAGCCAUUAAGUCGCCAAAUGUAUACACACAUUUGAUACAUAAAUUUCACGUUGUACAUUUGAAGUACAAAUUUAAGUACUAUAUAUAAUAAUAAAUCUCUCUCUCUCUCUCUCUCUUUCUCUCUCUCUCACUCUUGUCACACACACACACACACACACACAUACACACGCACAUAUAUAUUUACGUGGUUUUGUAUAAAUGUCAUUUGUAAUACCUAUUAAUGUAUUUGUACUUAUUUAUAAACAAGUGUGUAUAUAAAUAUAUAUAUAUAUAUAUAUAUAUAUAUAUAUAUAUAUAUAUAUAUAUACAUACAUACAGACGUUUGUACCAUUGGCUUCAGUAUCGUGAUGUUUUUAACUGUAUUAUUAUUGUAAAUUUUGAAAAAUUGUGGGAAAAAAAAGUUUAUU